AUGACUGGAAGAGGAAAGGGAGGAAAAGGCCUGGGUAAAGGAGGAGCCAAGCGUCACCGAAAAGUGCUGCGAGAUAACAUCCAGGGCAUUACCAAGCCCGCCAUCCGCCGUUUGGCUCGGCGUGGAGGAGUGAAACGUAUCUCCGGCCUCAUCUACGAGGAAACCCGUGGCGUCCUGAAAGUGUUUCUGGAGAAUGUGAUCCGUGAUGCUGUCACUUACACUGAACACGCCAAGCGCAAGACCGUCACCGCUAUGGAUGUGGUGUAUGCUCUGAAGCGUCAGGGCCGUACUCUGUACGGUUUUGGAGGUUAA